CUGAGGAGGAUGGAGACCAAAUUUGUGGCAUCCUGUCUCAAAAUCUUCCUCCUCAUCUACUGCUUUGGCUUCUGGAGCACUGGGGUUAUCUUGUUGGUGUUUGGAGUCUGGGGAAAGCUUACUCUGGGUGCGUAUCUCUCUCUCCUUGCCACAGAUGUUCCUGCUGUGCUCAUUGGGGCUGGUACCACGAUUAUCAGUUUUGGUUUAUUUGGAUGCUUUGCCGCAUGCAGAGGAAGCCCAUGGAUGCUGAAGCUGUAUUCUCUGUUUCUGUCACUGGUGUUCCUGGCUGAGCUUGCUGCGAGCGUCUCAGGGGUUCUACUUCAUCGUGAGAUCAAGGACCGAUUCCUGAAGAUUUAUACCAAUGCUAUACAGAAUUAUAACAGCAACGAUAGGAAGAGCCAGGCAGUGGACCAGGUGCAGUAUAGUCUGAUGUGCUGUGGGGUGAAGAACUACACAGACUGGAACGACAACCCCUACUUCCUGAAUUAUGGCAUCCCCCACAGUUGCUGCAAGGAUGAAUCUGACUGCAAUUCCCAGGAUCUAGGCAAUCUGACCGCAGCGGCCACCAAAGUUAACCAGAGGGGCUGCUAUGAUCUGAUGAUAAGUUUCUUGGAAGCUAACAUGACGAUCAUCAUUGGAGUGCUGUUUACAGUCACAUUUUCCCAGUUGAUUGGCAUAAGGUUGUCCUGUUGUCUGUCACGGCUCAUCAUGACCCAACAUUAUGAGACUGUGUGUAAAGUUUUCCAAGAGAAAUAG